AUGAAAAAUUUAGAUGAUCUUGUUGAACGUUUAAAUCAAUGUGAAUAUUUAUUUAAUAGUCAAUAUGAUUUAAUAGAAAAUGUUAAUAAAAUAAAUCGAAAAGAAAAUUCAUCUCGAUCAUGUAUUUUAUCAUAUAAAACAAUAUCAUCAAUUCAAUCAAAUAUUAAUAAUUCCUUAUCACCAAUAAAUAAUUUAACUCCAAUGUUUAUUCAAUCAUCAAAUAAAACAAAUGUAUCAAGAAAAGUAUUUCAAUUGAAUACAACAGAUCAAUUAACAGUAAAAUUUAUUAUUUGAUUUAUUUAAUACAAUAUUAUACAUAUCAAUGAAUAUGUUUUAUUUUAAUUGAAAAAAAAAUUGUUUCCAAAUUUUCAUUAAUGAAAAUUUUUAUUUUGAAAGAAUCUUGUUCAUAAAUAUUUAAAAACAGUGAAAUAUUUAGUCUGAUCUAGUAACAAGAAAAAUUGAUCCCUUAGAAUACUUUAUUUUUCUUUUUUUCUAUAUUUAUUAUGAAAAAAAACAAUGAAAAAACCUUUGAUAAUAUAUAUCAUCGAUUUAAAAAGAAUUUAUUUCUUUUUGAUAAUCGAGCUCGACGAAAAUAAACUCAUCUGAAAUUCUAUGAAAUAUGAUAAUUGUCGUCG